CAUAUCUGCGCUCGUACCGUACAAGCGUCCUCCAUCUGCGCAGAAGGAUCUCGAACACAUCCAAAAUGAAAACGAUAAUAACACUCCUGGCCAUCGCCGGCCUCGCUUCAGCUGUUAAAUAUGAUGGACUUCGAGUUAAAUUCGGCUGGUCCGAUGCUCUCGCUGAUAAGGAGUAUUUCUUCGAGAUCCCACGGUCCAUUAAGGAUGCUGAAGAAGAAGGUUGGAAACGCACUGAGCGUCCACCCGGUGCUCUUAGCGUGCUGAGGAUGUACUGCCCCCCAGGAAGGGGUGUUUGUGGUCUGUACGACACAGCAGGCUUCAUAGCCGGAUUGCAACUUGCUUUGCCCGUAGACGACUUUGAAUCUUUAGCUAUCAAGCCUGAGAAGAAAUUCGUCAAAUGGCGCGCUCCCGAGUCAGGAUCUGAACCAUCGAGAGACUACUGGACUUUAACACAAUAUUUCGUGUCUGAAGAGUCUCUAAAAGCCGGAGCUGGCCCACUAGCGGCAAAUGGUGCCACCCUUCAAGAUGGCGGAGUAUGGGUUACAGGCCUGGACGGCCGUCUACUCAGAAUACCAACCAAAGAGUCUGACAUAAGCAAUACAUUGUAUAAGAAGCAAAACUGCGUACCAAACAUGGGCACUCACUACUACUACAACAUGACAAAGGACAUGAAAUGCGAGGACCACUUGCCUUGGUUCGCGCUCGUCACUAAGGGGGAGCUGAUCGGCACCGGGUUCAUGAUGUUCGGGGAGCUGGCCCCGCAAACCACCCGCAACUGGUUCGAGAAACCACCCACAGUCGAUGAACUGCCUGAGAUCGUGAUCCCGCACGCACCGCCUUGCUUCGGUGACUGGGCCACAUCCUACGGACUCGUCACUCUACAUAUUUACUAUAUCGAUGAACCAUGGACCAUCCGUUGCCAGUAGGUAUUCUUGGAUCCUACGGUCUUGUAAAAAAUCUUUGACCAGACACGUGUGUAUGUCAUGUCAUCCAUGAAUUGUUCUAAAGGAAAUUGAAGUAUAACAAAUCUCUGGCAAUGGUUUUUGUGCAAAAUCUGUGAAACACGCUUAACUUCCACAUCUUUUUAGCAUUUUGAAAUCACUUGCGUUUUAUCUAAUGCAUUUGUAUUAUCCAGUAUCUAAUAAAGCUGUUUGUUUACUGUUUUAUUAAAAUCUAUCAAGACGAUGGAUGCUUUUCCAUAAAAUUCACUUUCUAUUGUACUUUCAAUAGUUAUUUUUAAACUUACGUGUUUAAUGUACUUUAUUUACCUAUAUUGUUAACCAGGUCUUAACACGAAUAAUUAAUGACAAAUAAAGCUAUUUACCUCUCGACGUAUCGACUAAGUUGCACUAGCCGUGUUCACGAGCUAGCUAAAGUAACAGUGAUGUCUCUCAUUAAAUUAUUCGUAUUAAAACCCGGUUAACAAUAUAGAUCAUGUUUUUUCAAUAUCAGUGCAAUUAUAAAGUAAGAAAAUCGUAAUGCAAGUAAUGUCGAUGAUACAUGUACGCAUGAUAAAUAUAAACUGUACUUAAUUAGCAUUUAAGUGAAACGAUAGCUACUUAAAAUUACUAUCAUUUUCUUUGUUUCUAUCAAAUAAACAAGUUCUGGCUGUGUACGAAUUACAUCUGUAAUAGAA